GAGGGGACUGAUGCCGGGUCACUCCUGUCGCACAUAUAACACACCCAGGCACCGAAACCAUCCAAACCCGCAGAGCUCAGUCCUGGUUCUGGCACACAGGUGGCGAGGCUCUGAGGCUUAAAUGAAUAUCAAUAUGAGAUCACUGCUUCCUUUUGUGCUGGGUUUGACUUUACAUCUUGUGAGUGGACAAAAUGCAACAACAACAUCCCCCUCUGCCCCCUGCGGAGAGCACAAGGUAUACAAGGAGUGUGGAAGUGCCUGCCCCCCGAGCUGCUCCAACUAUAACUGCCCCCGCGCCUGCACCAGGGAAUGCGUGAAGGGCUGCUUCUGCACCGACGAGUACGUGGAAGAUGUAUCGCGGAACUGCGUCACUCUGGACCUGUGCAAGUCCUGUACAGGAAACACCACCUUCACUUCCUGCUCGUAUGAGCACCCUCAGAUAUGCGGCGAAGAAAAGGAGUCGAAGUCGGACUCUGACAAAGUACAAUGUUAUAUCGGCUGUAUAUGUCAGUCUGGGUAUGUGCAACUGUCUGCAGACCAACUCGCCUGUGUGCUCCCCGGUGACUGCCCUUCCUAUGAAGUUAUUCCCUGAAUUUUGACCAUUUUUAUUUACUAUUUUUUAUACUUGUUUUAUGGACAUUGCCGGAUUAAUGAGAAAAUGCUCGAAAUCUGAUUCCGCCCUGUCCCACCCUGUGCCCUCCCACUUCUGCUACAAAUGGGAUUACUGGUUCCUCAUUGGUGGUUAAGGUUCUUGAUAACAAAUAAAAAACAUAGAUGCGUCUGACGUCA